AUGACUCGGACUGUCAGCAAUAUGUGGGAAAAGUACUGCCUGCGUCCAACUCAAGGCACUGUCUCCACCAUCCCAGUUUUCGUCUACGGCACAGCCUGGAAGAAAGAACGCAGUGCUGAUUUGGUCUACAACGCAAUCAAAGCCGGUUUUCGGGCUGUGGACACAGCGGCCCAACCCCGCCAUUACCAAGAGGAUCUCGUUGGUGAUGGGAUUCGCAGAGCAAUCGCUGAUGGGAUCGUCGGCCGAGCAGACAUAUACGUACAAACCAAAUAUAGUCCUGUCUCGGCACAGGAUCUGGCCAAUAUGCCCUAUGAUCCGUCAGCGACGGUGACGGAUCAGGUCCAUGCAUCUAUCAAAUCAUCAUUGCACAAUCUUCGCUCAGAAGUUGACCCCAUAUCCGUGGAUGAGAGCUACAUUGACACAGUGAUCAUCCAUUCGCCACUGUCAACUUUAGCCCAGACCCUAGAAGCUUGGCACGCCCUCGAGACAUAUGUCCCCCACCGUAUCCGGAAUUUAGGUAUCUCCAAUUGUACAUUGCCUAUACUUCGAGAAUUGUGUACCUCGUCCAAGACAACUGUGAAGCCAUCAGUGGUACAGAACAGGUUCUACGAGGACACUCUGUUUGAUGUCCCUCUGCGCGCGUUCUGCCGCGAGAAUCGGGUCAUAUACCAAAGCUUUUGGACUUUGACAGCGAAUCCGGACCUCGUGCGCUCUGAGCCAGUGCAGCAACUUAGUCACCAUGUUAACAUAACCCCGGCUGCUGCCUUUUAUACUCUAGUCAUGGGCUUGAAGGAUGUGGCGGUGCUGAAUGGGACUAAGGAUGAGUCCCGCAUGAAGGAAGACUUGUCUGCUCCUAAACAGGUCGAGAAUUUUACGCAGAGGCACCCUGACUUAUGGCAACAGAUUCUGACGGAGUUCCAGAAUUUGAUAGGGGAAGCUAGUUCCAUAUGA